CACUACAUUAAAUUCAAAUCUCGACGAGUAUAGUCCUAUUCCCAUACAUAAAAUAAUAAUGCCAAAACAUUUUUUUAAAAAAAGAUGCAAAUAUACUUUUCGAUGGUAAGUUUUAAUCGGUGAAUACUUAAUAAGUGAAUAUGAAUUGUUAACACUUUUCCAAAAUGAAAAAAGUUCAUCUUGUAAUUUGACCAAAUAUUUGGGCCGAUAAGAUGUAAUUUACCAGAAAAAAAAAAAAAAAAAAAGUAAACGAACAAAACGACAUCAUCUCCUCCGCCUCUCUGCCGCUCAAUUGCGCUGCUGACACCGCCCAAUCCGUUAUUCAGACUCGGGUCAGUUCAAAACAUUCUGCCCAAGCUAAUUCAUUUUUCGCCGCCGGUUAUCUUGCUACUUCCUCCGCCGGAAGGGCACAAAUUUGCAGUGAAUAAUCUUCUCCGGAUCAGUCUAGCAUUAUACAGGCAUGACGAUGGCAACUGGGACGCCCUUGCUGAGGAUGGGUGUCAUUCCGGUACAAAACUUUGGUAUGUUCCGUCAAUCCUUUUGCUAUCACUACAAUUCCUUCAGUGGCAGUAACGGUAACUGUAGAAUUCGCAACUUCUCGAGAGCUAGAAGGUCAUUCUCAAUCUCGGCGGAGGCUAAGAGUUCAGAAGUCCGAGUGCGUUUCGCGCCGUCGCCCACCGGUAACCUCCACGUGGGAGGGGCCAGAACCGCGCUCUUCAACUAUUUGUUCGCUAGGUCCAAUGGGGGUAAAUUUAUCAUUCGGAUUGAGGACACCGAUUUGGAACGGUCAACUAAAGAAUCUGAGGAAGCUGUCCUCCGUGAUCUUUCGUGGCUAGGCCUAAAUUGGGAUGAAGGGCCUGAUAUUGGUGGGAGCUAUGGUCCCUAUCGCCAAUCCGAAAGAAAUGCUCUUUACAAGGAUUAUGCCGAUAAGCUUGUACAAUCCGGCCAUGUUUAUCGCUGCUUCUGUACUAAUGAGGAAUUGGAAAAGCAGAAGGAGAUUGCCAAGCUUAAUCAAUUGCCUCCGGUGUACACUGGGAAAUGGGCUUAUGCCACCGAUGAGGAAGUGCAAGAAGAGUUGUCCAAGGGGACUCCGUACACAUACAGGUUUAGAGUGCCGAAAGAAGGGGCUUUGCAGAUCAAUGACCUUAUCAGGGGUAAAGUCGAAUGGAAAUUUGAGACAUUGGGAGAUUUUGUGAUCAUGAGAAGUAAUGGGCAGCCUGUCUACAAUUUUUGUGUCACUGUUGAUGAUGCUUCCAUGGCUAUCUCUCAUGUUAUUAGAGCUGAGGAGCAUCUGCCCAAUACUCUGAGGCAAGCUCUGAUAUAUAAGGCUCUGGGUUUCCCAAUGCCUAAAUUUGCACACGUUUCUUUGAUCCUUGCUCCUGAUAAAAGCAAACUAUCAAAGCGCCAUGGUGCGACUUCAGUUGGGCAGUUCAAGGAGAUGGGGUUUUUACCUCAAGCAAUGGUGAAUUAUCUUGCAUUGUUAGGUUGGGGGGAUGGUACUCCAAAUGAGUUUUUCACUCUUGAGGAACUUGUAGAAAAAUUCACAAUCGAGCGUGUCAACAAAAGUGGAGCUGUAUUUGAUUACACUAAGCUCAGGUGGAUGAAUGGCCACUAUAUGAGAUUGCUUCCACCUGCUGAACUGGUUCAACUUAUUGGUGACCACUGGAAGAGCAAAGGUUUUGUGACAGAACCGACAGGAUUCAUUGUGGAAGAGACUUUGCAGCUCCUCAAAGAUGGAAUUGAUUUAUUGGAAGAUGCAGACAAUGCCCUUCUGGACUUGAUUUCCUAUCCUUUACAUGCCAAUCUGGCCACCCCUGAGUGUAAACCCAUUGUAGAGGAUAGCCUUUCAGAAGUUGCUGCAAGCUUGUUGGCAGCCUAUGAUAAUGGAGAACUGUUUGCUGCACUAGAAGAAGGCCAAACUGGCUGGCAGAAGUGGGUUAAGAGCUUCGGAAAAGAGCUGAAGCGCAAGGGAAAAGCACUCUUCAUGCCUCUCCGGCUGCUGUUGACUGGCAAGCUCCAUGGUCCUGACAUGGGAACCAGUAUAGUUUUGCUCUAUAAAGCUGGAAAAUCUGGUGCUGUGGCGCCAGGACAUGGGUUUGUAGCAUUGGAUGAAAGAUUGAAUCUUCUCAGAGAUGUUGAAUGGACAUCCAUUCAAAAGGAUCAGGAAGUGGUGGAGUCAGCUUGCUAGUUGUCCUUCAGUGGCUACUAAUGUGUUUUAUACCAUUUUUUCCUUUUUCCGAGUUUUGUUGUUCAUCUUCAGGUUUCUAGCUUUCUCGAAAUGAAAUUGUUUCAAGUAAUAUCUACAUUUUGUGUGUCAUUGUGGGAUUGAGAGGAAAAGUUCAGAUGCGAAAUGAGCCUAGGUGUUUCUCUUCUGGCUCUCUUCAAGGAGGAGAGAAACUGGGAUGUUAGAUUCUUUGUAGGAAAUUUUGUAAUCAUUUUGUGAUCUUGUUUUUUUGGACACUCAAAUGGACAUCCUCUCCUCCUAUUUGGUCCAUUAAUUUUCUUGCGGCAGUAAUAGAAUUUUUGCCUGCCAUUUUGGGGAUCGUUUUCGUUACUUCGUUUGAUCGCGUCGACCAAAACUGUUUUACUACUUACUACGAUGCACUAAUCUUCAACUGGUUUCCACCUUUCUUGCGAUGAAAAUU